GUCUCCGUCAAGACCCAUGCAUGGGAUGCCUCACUACGGACAGUUCACGGCUUUCGUUCCGCAUGCUCACGUUCACCAUCGUGUCCUCUCCAUGCCCUUCCCCAUUAACCUACCAUGGCGACAACUGGGGCUCAGCAUUACUCCCCGCAUCAGUGAGGGGGCGUAAUGGUGUAGGUUCGUAUAAAGCUGUGGUCCCGUGCUGUUCGAGAGUUCAUCUUCACUGGCAUCUCAACCUCUACAUCACCCAAGCCGCGAAAAUGAGCUACUUUGGACUCACCGGACAAGCCUUGAGCGUCCUUCAAAUCGCCUUGAUUGUCUGUCCAGCAUUCAUCCUCUUCGGUUACAAUCAAGCCGGAUUAGGCGGACUUUUGACAACCCAAGACUGGACGAAGACGUUUCCCGAGAUUGACACCGUUCACACAACCGGCAGUGAGAAGAAGCAAAAGUCGACACUCCAAGGCUUCGUGGUCGCAACAUUCACCAUUGGAGCUCUUUGCGGCGCUCUUUCCUGCUCAUGGACGGGCGACAAAUUCGGGCGACGAAACGUUAUCUUCGCUGCCGGUAUUUGUACGCUCAUCGGCGAAGCUCUCGAAUGUUCUGCCCAUAGCUUGGCACAGCUCAUCGUCGGCCGUAUCAUCGUCGGACUCGGCAUUGGUCAGCUUAGCUCCAUCGUCCCGGUGUGGCAGAGUGAGACAAGUGGUGCAAAGAAUCGUGGACGGCAUGUUGUCUUAGACGGCCUCUUCAUCUGCGUCGGUUAUGUCCUCGAAAGCUGGAUCAACCUUGGCUUCUGGGAGUUCAAGUCUGGCCCCAUUACAUGGCGACCAUCGAUUGCAAUUGAUAAGCUCUUGUACCGCUUCGGGCUUUGCAUGAUGGUCCAAUUCUACCAGCAGAUGUCGGGCUCAAAUCUCAUCUCAGUCUACGCAACAAUCUUGUUCCAAGAGAACCUAGGGAUGGGCACGGAGAUGGCACGUGUUCUAACCGCCGGAGCUUUGACUUGGAAAUUCCUAUCGUCUUUCCUUGGUUUCGUCUGUAUUGACCGUUUUGGCCGCCGAGCUGUGUUCAUCAUCAGCGGUGUUGGGAUGUCCUCAUGCAUGGUCGCCCUUGCCAUCAGCACUUCAUUCCCAAAGGAAAACAAAGCAGCCCAGAUAGCUGCCGGGUGCUUCAUCUACCUGUACAAUACGUUUGUUCCCAUUGGGUUCUUGGGCGCCAACUUUCUCUAUGCUACUGAGAUUGCGCCGAUCAAGUUGCGGAUGGCUAUGUCAUCUCUGUCCACAGCUAACCACUGGCUAUGGAACUUUGUUGUUGUCAUGGUUACACCUGUGGCCAUCAGGAGUAUCGGGUACCAGUAUUACAUCGUCUAUGCCGUCAUAGCCGCUUGUAUUCCAGUUUCGGUUUACUUCCUGUUCCCUGAGACCAUGGGGCGAAACUUGGAAGAGAUCGACAUGAUGUUCAGAGAAUCUCCUUCUGUCCUCGGAACCGUCCGCUUCGCAAGAAAUCGCCCGAUUGCGAUGCCCCAAGAAUUCGAUCAUGAAAAACCGGGAGACGAGACAGACUACGUGGAAACCAGGGAGGAAGUUCGCCUAUGAGCAUACACACCAAUGGUAGUCCCUUGAGAUGAUUCACUCUUCGUGAUCCCCAAAAUUAGAUUCAUGCUUGCACCCACAAUG